AUGUCUGAUCGCAGCGAUUCCCCGGAUUCUGAUGGCGACUCUGCCUCCAACAACGGCCGCUCCGACCAGCCCCCCGCCCGCAAGCGCCAGCGCGUGAGGCUCAGCUGCCUCGAGUGCCGCCGCCGCAAGCUCUCGUGCGACCGCGGCUUCCCCUGCGAGCGAUGCAUCAAGAGCGGCACGCCGGACCGGUGCUCCUACGAGUCCCGGACCGGCGAGGUCGUCAACGCCUCGGCCGGUGUCCCGCCGCAGUUUGCCCAGCUCGACUCCCGCCGCUUUGGCCUGGCCGACGCCGUCGCCGGCUUCGCAUCGCGCGACCCGGACGUCCUCCGCCAAGACCACGACCGCAUCCGCCGCCUCGAACUUGAGAUUGCCCAGCUCAAGACGCAGCUGCUCCGGCCCGGCGCCUCGGCCUCCUUUGACGGCAGCACCAUUGCCGGCACCAACUCGCCCGCCACACAAAAGGACGAGACGUCGCCCCAGGAUGCCGACCCCAACGCCCCCCGGCCGGAAGUGCAGGAAUGCAUCGACGCCACCAAUGCCUCGGACGAAAAGGUCGAGCUGCGCUUCUUUCGCGGCAAGGGCUUCCGCACCCGCUACUUUGGUCCGCACAAUGCCAGUAUGGCGUUUGUUGAGCUGACUGGCCUCUGCCCCUUCAUGCGAGAGACGGCCGAUGAGUGGCUCCGUCCCGUCAUUAUUCACGACCGCAAAGAUCGCAAGCGUCGCCAGGAGGAGCGCGAGCUCAUGUUCGAUCAGCCCGACCCUGAGCUCGAGGCUUUGCUACCCACCAAAGAGGAGGCAGAUGCCCUGGUCAGCAUCUACCUUGACCAAUUCGAACAGAUUCAUCGAAUUGUGCACAUUCCGACCUUCAAGAAAGAGUACGAAGCAUACUGGACACCCGGCGCCAACAAGAACUACGCUGCCUUUACGGCCAUGCUCCUGGCCAUGAUGGCUGUCACCAGCACCGUCCAUACCCACGAGAGCCUCAAAUUUGUGGGUAUGAUGUCCAGUGCCCGCCACUGUGCCGAGAAGUGGAUCAAGGCCGCCGACGACUGGGUCAACAAUCAGAGCCAGAAGCACCGCCGUCUCAUUCAUUACCAGGUUGCCUGCCUGCUAUAUUUGGCCAAGCGUGUCAACACGUACAAGAAGAAGCGCUUCUGGACUGGCUCCGGCGCCCUGAUCCAGAAUGGCAUCGCUGUCGGUCUGCAUCGUGAGCCGAGCCACAUGGCCAACAAGAUUACCAUUUACAACCAGGAGAUGCGUCGCAGAAUCUGGACUACGAUACAGGAGUUUGACAUGCAGGCAUCGUUCGAUCACGGCUUGCCCACACUGCUAAGCCAGCUGCACUACGACACCAGCCCACCACGCAACCUCGAUGAUGAGGACUUUGGGGAAAACACAACUGAGCUGCCACCGUCAAAGCCUGCCAAGGAAUACACAUUCUCUUCCUUCCAGAACUUGGCACGCUCGAGCUUGCCACUGCGUUUGGAGCUCAGCCGUCUGCUGACGGGACCAACUUCCGAUAUUGAUUACGACCAAGUCAUUCGCUAUACCAAUGACUUGACGCAGGAGAUUGAUGCCCUACCUUCCUGGGAUACCAAUGUGGAUCCGAGCAAGAGCUCGAAGAAUCCUCUCAUCGCAUAUACCCUGCUGCAUGUGCAGCUGCGGCAAUACAUCAUUCCCCUACAUCAGCCAUACCUCAAGCUCCGGAAGCAAAACUCAAAGUACCAGUACUCGGAGAUUAUCUACUACAAUGCUGCCCGAGAUAUCGUGCUGCUGCACGAUAAACUCUACGAGCAGGGACUCCGCGCACUCAACUUCCUGCGCGAAGAUGCCCUGACUACAGCCAUCAACCUGUGCAGCGUGACCAUGCUGCAGCCAAAGGGAUCCACCAACAUGAUCAUGAUCAACUCGCACCACACGCUGAAGCUGAUUGAAAAGUGCCUCAACAUGAAGGAGGACCGACUGCUGCGCUGUGGCAACAACGAGCCGUGGGGCUACUCCAUCAUGUGUGCCGCCCUGGGCCUGCUCGAGGCGCACCUCGGCACCAAGCCGUCCGAGGUGGCCAAAUCGUCCUCUGCGGAGCGCUUCGUGAACCUGCACUACCGCCUGCUGGCCAACCAGGAGCCCCCCACAUCCUCGAGCCAGCUGGCCGAGGUGGGCAUGAGCAUGCCGCCGCCCAUGGCCGCGGGCACCGGCCUGCCGCUCGACGUGCCCGACAGACCAAAAUCCGUGACGCCAUUUGCCUUUACGCCGUCAAUGCCGACCGCGCCACUGGACCCUUCCUCUGCGCCGUGGCUCAUGAACAAUGGUGACGCCACGCAGCCCUUCAACCUCGACCCGAGCCUAGAGCUGCUAGGCAUCAAUCUGAAUGAGCUAUGGGACCGGAGAACAGAUAUUUGGAGAAAGGGUCUCUGCGAGAUUGAAGAGCCAUUCUUUGGUUGA